AUGUCGACUCUUCUAUUUCUCUUCUUGGUUCUAUUCAUCCCCAUUUUCUUCUUAUUAUACACCAAGAAGAUCAAUAACAUGAAAGAUAAUCUUCCUCCAGGCCCAACAAAGCUUCCAGUCAUCGGAAACCUACAUCAGCUCCAAGGGUUGCUUCACAGAUGCCUUCACGAUCUCUCGAAGAAACACGGACCCGUGUUGUUUUUGCGUCAAGGUUUUGUCCAAAUGGUGGUUCUCUCAUCGAGUGAAGCAGCUGAAGAAGCUCUUAAAACUCAUGACCUUGAGUGUUGUAACAGACCUAUGACCAUUGCCUUAUUAAAGUUCUCUCGCAAUGGUAAAGACAUAGCCUUUGCGCCAUAUGAGGUUUCUAGAGAGUUACGCAAGCUUUCCAUCCUCAACUUUUUAAGCGAAAAGGUUCGAUCUUUUAGGUAUAUAAGAGAGGAAGAAACUGACUUGAUGAUCAAGAAACUGAAGGAAUCGGCUCAGAAGAAAUCUCCCGUGGAUUUGAGCAAAACCCUUUUUCACCUAUCUGCAAGUAUUGUAUUCAGAGCCGCCUUUGGACAGAGUUUUGAAAACAAGCAUAUCAAUAAGGAAGAGAUUGAAGAAUUGAUGUAUGAAGCUCAGAGGAUAAAUUCUUACAAAUUCUCAGAUCUUUUCCCCAUCGCUGGUGUUGGAUGGUUUAUAGACUUUGUGUCUGGACAACACAAGAGAUUUCACAACGUUUUCAGCAAAAUUGAUACUUUUCUUAAUCUUAUAGUUAAUGAUCAUCAUCAACUGAAGAGCCAAACUCAAGAUCGUCCUGAUAUAGUCGACUCACUCUUACAUAUGAUACAUAAACAAGAACAAGAUGAAUCUUUCAAGCUCACCAUUGAUCAUCUCAAAGGAAUCAUCUCAAAUAUAUAUAUAGCUGGAGUAGACUCAAACGCCAUCAUCAUGAUUUGGGCAAUGGCAGAGCUCGUUAGAAAUCCUAGAGUCAUGAAAAAAGCUCAAGAAGAGAUACGGACUUGCAUUGGAAUCAACUCAAAGGAGAAACUCGUGGAAGAAGAUCUUGAUAAGCUUCAGUACUCGUGGAAGAAGAACAAGGAAGAUGUGGACAUGGAAGAAGCUGGGUAUGUCACUACUGUUAAGAAAGUUCCACUUGAGCUUGUUCCGAGUCCGAUCUUCGCCAUUGGUGGGGUAAUAGAAUCUUGAGAAAUGAGCAAAUCUUUAGCUGUGUAAUGGUUAAUGUUACUAUUUAAUAGGUACUAACCUGCUAUGUGCAUGGUGAUAAUAACUGUACAUUUGUUUUUCUGCAAUUAAAUAGUUGAGUGGUGAAUAAAUGCAGUACUAUCUGCAUUGUUAGUGACUCAUGUAAUCUGAAUUUGCUUUGCAUAUUCAUUCAAAGCCAUAAUCUCUCACAAUUC